ACAAAGCCCGACGCGUCACUUCCAUUUCUUUCCUCUUCUUCGUCGCUUCUUCCAUUCCCAGAUCUUCUUCGUCUCCGUACCCUCCUCCUCCCUCUCUCGCCGAUCCGUGGCCGAUCGAGCCUUUUCUGGAUAGGCAAGGAUAACGAAGGCGAGGGGGCGAGCAGCGAGUCGGGCAUGGGACAAGCCUUCCGCAAGCUCUUCGACAGAUUCUUCGGUCUCGUCGAAAUGAGGGUUGCAAUGCUUGGAUUGGAUGCAGCUGGCAAGACAACGAUUUUGUACAAGUUGCACAUUGGAGAAGUUUUGUCAACUGUUCCAACUAUCGGCUUCAAUGUGGAGAAGGUCCAGUAUAAAAAUGUGGUAUUUACAGUAUGGGAUGUUGGUGGACAAGAAAAAUUAAGACCCUUAUGGAGGCAUUACUUCAGCAAUACCGAUGCUUUGAUCUAUGUUGUGGAUUCGUUGGAUAGGGAAAGGAUUGGAAAGGCUAGAGAAGAAUUUCAGACGAUUAUCCGAGAUCCAUUCAUGUUGAACAGUGUCAUAUUGGUAUUUGCUAAUAAGCAGGACUUGAAAGGUGCAAUGACUCCAAUGGAGGUAUCUGAAGGGUUGGGUCUCUAUGAUCUGAGGAAUCGAACAUGGCACAUCCAGGGAACUUGCGCCCUUGCCGGAGAUGGUCUCUAUGAGGGACUUGAUUGGUUAGUCACAGCUUUGAAGGAGUUGCAAACCCCUGGCCGAAUUCUGGCUUGAUCCUUAUCAGCUGUCUACAAAGCUUAAGAUAGACUAAUCCCGAAGACGACUGUAUAUUUCCUUCCUCUCUUUUCAAUGUCUUUGGCUUUGUAGCAGAUGUAGAACGAUUCAUGAAAGUUGUGAUUUAUUUUCCUGUUCUGCUUCAA